CUCCGGUGUUCAGCAGAUCCUCGAACCCGCACAACUGAACAGCAUCGCCUGCGUUUCCCCUCCAUAGAGCGGCUGAAAAAAAACACCAUCAAACGCCAUUUUCAAUGAGGAGACAUGGAGCGGCCGGACAGCGACUACUGCAGCUUUGAGAACCCGCUGAUCAGCGAGAUGAAGCAGUUCUGCAAGAGAAUACAAGAAGCCUGCAACGAGCUCAAGGAGGAUCUGACGCCCUACAAAAACGAGCGCUUCUACAGGUUGGCCCCCAUGCGUCUCUACACUCUCUCUAAGAGGCACUUUGUUCUGGUGUUCGUGGUUUUCUUCUUCUGCUUCGGCGUCUCCACCCUCAUCGGCGUGUCAGGACCCAAGAUCAUUAGUGAGAAUUAUUGCAACGGUUUGAGCAUCAGCAACGAUGGAUCAAAGACUGGCCCUUUCGACCUCAGAUCUCAGCCGCUGUCCAACUACAACCAGCAGCUGUGGCUCACGUGCAUCAUUCAGCUGGAAGACAACAUUGUAGAUUUGAGCUCGGUAGAGUUCGGGAUGAACGUGGAGCUGCAGGGCGUGAUGCAGGACGCCAGCGUGAUGCGCAUCAGCGACAACGUGCACAACAAGAACCGCAGCCUCCACUGCGCCGCCCAUCAGCAGGCGUGUGAUGAGAUCAUCGUGCUGCAUCUGGGAUAUCUGAACUACACGCAGUACAAGAUCAACGUCAGCUUCACAAACCUGCAGGACAGACUGAAAAACAUCAAAAACGUGACUUUUGUGUUUAAGAUGUACAACGCCACGUUCUCUCAGGUGGAGAUCUGGUUCCGCUUCGUGUUUGUGGUGAUGACCUUCAUAGUGACUUGCAUGUUCGCUCACUCCUUACGCAAGUUCUCCAUGAGGGACUGGGGAAUCGAGCAGAAGUGGAUGUCCAUUCUUCUUCCUCUGCUGCUUCUGUAUAACGAUCCGUUCUUCCCGCUGUCGUUCCUGGUCAACAGCUGGUUUCCGGGCACGCUGGACACGUUCUUCCAGGCUCUGUUCCUGUGCGCGCUGCUGCUCUUCUGGCUGUGCGUGUAUCACGGCAUCCGAGUGCAGGGCGAGAGGAAGUUCCUGACCUUCUACCUGCCCAAGCUGGUGAUCGUCGGGCUGCUGUGGUUAUCGGCCGUCACGCUGGGAAUCUGGCAAACGGUAAAUGAGCUUCAGGAUCCCACGUAUCAGUACAAAGUGGACAUCCAGAACUUCCAGGGCAUGAAGAUCUUCUUCCUGCUGCUGGUGUGUGUGUACGUGCUGUAUCUGGUGUUUCUGGUGCUGCGCGCCUGCUCCGAGCUCAAGAACAUGCCCUACACAGAUCUGCGUCUGAAGUUCCUGACGGUGCUGACGCUGCUGGUGCUGGUGAUCAGCGUGGUUAUUCUGUACCUGAGAUUCGGCUCCAAGGCUUUGCAAGACAACUUUGUUGCUGAACUUUCCACUCACUACCAGAAUUCAGCUGAAUUUCUUUCCUUCUACGGCCUUCUGAACUUCUAUCUCUACACGUUAGCGUUCGUCUACUCGCCCUCCAGAAACGCUCUUUACGAUUCACAGCUGAAGGACAAUCCCGCGUUCUCCAUGCUCAACGACUCGGACGAUGAAGUCAUUUACGGGAGCGACUAUGAGGAAAUGCCUCUUCAGAACGGCCGCGCCAUCAAAGCCAGCGCCAAAUACCAGGACGAGAGUGAAAGCGACUGAAAGCGGAGUGACGCCGGAUUGCUGGUGUAUCUUUGAGGGUGUAUAUAAACUAGCUGUCCAAACGAUGCCAGUGUGUAAAUAUACAGGCGAUAUAUUUUUAACGAUACAGUGGCGUUUAUGAAUGUCAGUCGAGACGCACUGAACCCCAGUGAGUGUCGGUGAAGGGCAGCGUGCAAAUAUCAGCAUGACAUCUGAUCUCAGAUCAGCUGUGACUGAUGCUCAGUGUUCAACCACUAUUGGGGUGAAUGUCAUAUUUCACCUCGAAAUUAAUAGGAGAAAAAUGAAUCAUGUAUAUUUUCAAGAAGCCCAUUUUUAAUGAGAUAAUUAAGCACAUUUCACUCCUGUAAUGAUGAAAAUCGUCCUGAUUUCUCAUUACCAUCAGCAUACGCUAAAUUCAGUCAUACAAAUAUUUAUUUGACGUAAGGUGUACUUUUACAAAAUGUAUUUAAGUGUAAACAUUCUAAAAAAAAUAACUUGUAAAUAUUUUCAUUACAAUAUUGUCAUUUUGGGUUUUCUUUGCAAUGCAGUAAUAACAAUUUAGGGUAAAAUGUGCUUAAUUGUCAUGAAAAUAAGUAUGUGAAGGGUCAAAAUAGCCAUCUUGUCAAUAUUUUUUCUUUUGAUCUUUGAGUGAAAUGUAUUGGGAAUUUCUCGACAGUGUUUGUGAUUCGGCCGUAGGUUUUUCUCAUCGAUCAGACUCCGUUUGUGUGUGAGGACGCUGCUCGUUUGCAUAUUUCUAAUGAUUUCUGGCUCGUUUGAGCCGUUUUGCCAAUAUGGAGAUCCUGUGUGCUCGUGUGAGUCUCUCUGGUUGUGGAUGAGAAAAUCGAGUCUCUGCGUUCACUGGAUGUUGUCGUUUAACAUUCCUAAAACCCUCUUUGCCCACAUUCCUCUUUUAUUGUGGCUGUACGCAUUUCUCUCUUGCUGUCUUUGUGUAUUUAUGAUGAUGUAUUAUUUUGUGGGACUGAAUCACUUCCAGGGUCCCGUUCAGGACAGAAGCGCCUUGUUUUUGUCACUGUAAGCAAUGUAAACGGUUGGCUCUGCUGUCUUAAGGCUGUUGGAGUGGAGCUGUAAUGCCGGUUGAGGGUCUGUUCGGACUCUAGAAUGCUGUUGUGCUCCUAAAUGUUGAUUUGCUUUACACAUUUCUGUUUACUUGAGUUUAAAGCAGCAGGUUGUUGUUGUGUGAUUGAGUGGUUUAUCUGUCUGCUGGACUUCACGAAAUGUCCCAGAAGCACUAUGUGAUGAGUGAUAAUGAUGGUCACGGGACGUCCGGUUCGCUGUGCCUUUCAACAUGUACGUGAGAUCAUUCCCAGACCCGCUGACCUCAGUCCAGACGAACUCGUGGCGAGGAGCUUUCCUUCAACUGCACUGUUGUGACGUCUCAGCGAAUGUGGAAUAAAAUGUUCAGACAUUUUUUAA